GGUCGCGAGAGUAAAAAAUUGGCGAACGUCGGCCAAACGUUCGAAAUCGAACCGCGAGGACGAAGUACUUCGAGUGACCCUUUCCGCGGGCAUUGUUGCUGGAUUGUUUGUUUCUGAUCGACCCAUUCUAAUCGUUCACGAAAGUGCCAGCAAAAUCAAACGCUCACGAUGAUGCUAGCCAACACCGUGCGCAAUCUUUCGCGCCGAUCCUUUUCGACCUCCAAGGUACUUGCAGCCCAGCAGCUGACCGUCCGCGAUGCCCUCAACGCCGCGCUCGACGAGGAAAUGGAACGCGACGAGAAGGUGUUCCUGCUGGGGGAAGAGGUGGCACAGUAUGACGGGGCAUACAAGGUUUCCCGUGGGUUGUGGAAGAAGUACGGAGAUAAGCGCGUGAUCGACACACCGAUCACGGAAAUGGGCUUCGCCGGUAUUGCUGUCGGUGCGGCGAUGGCCGGUCUACGACCAGUGUGCGAGUUUAUGACAUUCAACUUUUCAAUGCAGGCCAUUGAUCAGGUCAUCAACUCCGCUGCGAAAACAUUCUACAUGUCAGCCGGUACUGUGAACGUACCGAUCGUGUUCCGCGGACCGAACGGCGCGGCCGCCGGUGUUGCCGCACAGCACUCGCAAUGCUUCGGUGCUUGGUACUCGCACUGCCCCGGACUGAAAGUUGUAUCGCCAUACGAUAGCGAGGAUGCAAAGGGUCUUCUGAAGGCAGCUAUUCGUGACCCCGAUCCGGUAGUUGUACUAGAGAACGAAAUGGUAUACGGUGUAAGCUAUCCAGUUUCGGAUCAGGUGCUGGACAAAAACUUCAUUCUGCCAAUCGGGAAGGCGAAGAUUAUGCGCCCGGGAAAACACGUUACCCUAGUGGCCCACUCGAAAUCGGUUGAAACUGCCAUGCAAGCGGCGAAUGAAUUGGCCGGUAAAGGCAUCGAGGCCGAGGUCAUCAACCUACGAUCACUGCGUCCCCUCGAUUCGGAGACCAUCUUCAAGUCGGUGCAAAAGACUCACCACCUAGUGACGGUGGAGCAGGGAUGGCCGCAAAGCGGCAUUGGAUCGGAAAUUUGUGCACGAAUUAUGGAACACGAAACGUUCUUCCAUUUAGAUGCCCCUGUUUGGCGUGUAACUGGUGUUGAUGUGCCAAUGCCGUAUGCCAAGACGCUUGAAGCUGCUGCCCUGCCACAAGUACCUGAUGUAGUGAGUGCCGUCAAUAAGGUGCUAGGUGUGAAGUAAAGUAAAUCUCAGCCACUCCAUCCGGAACAUCACCGACCCUCCUUUACGACCCAGUCGAGCAUACCAAGUAGCGAAGGUUCAUUGUAAAGUAGAUGCACAAUGUUUGGUGUCGCAAUUGAGUUGUAAGCAAAAAUGCAAGGCAGAAAUUGGUCAAAUUGUAUAGCAGACUGUAUGGACUUAAAGUCCCGUUUUAUCUCCUUCAUUCGGCGUAGCGUUAACGCAUAUAAAGCUAAUUGGGAGCCUUCCUUCCUGAACAAGUACCAUCACAAAAAAUGUAAUCGAGCGAUCAGCAAACUUAAUCUGCAUGAUGUGCACUAGCGAAAGGAGAAGUGACCACGAAUUCGCGAACCUACUGCUAAUUUAUUAAUCUUUGGUGUAGUUUAUUUCUUUUAUCUUUUCGACCACCCGUCAACGCAUCGAACGGCCUGAACGUAACUGAACAUAUUACCACAACUUCUAAACUUAACUGCCCAUUACAAAAUCUCUUACCCAUUGCCAUCAGCGAUCGCUAAAUCUCGCCGUGUAUUAAAAAACCGUUCAUGUCAACAACAGUGAAAAAGUCAGCCAGCGAACCACCAUUACGCAUUAAGGUAACGAAUACCAAGAAUCAAUCGCGUCAGUUCUACGUACACAAAUUUGUAUAUAAACUAGCCACGAAGCCAUGAAAUACAAGACAGUUACGCCAAGA